UGUGUGUGUGGUUGUCUGUCACUGUCUGGUUUUACUCGUAUUGGUUCAAGUUUUUUUCUUUUGUCGCUUGUGUUUUUGUGUUUGUCGAUCAAAUUGUUUCGUUGUCCACACACAUUAUCUUUGUCUUAUUGUUGAUUUGGGCCCUUCAUUCCAAAAAAAAAAUACUAAAUUUAAAAUUGCUAACCACGAACCUAGGGUGCAAAGUAAAUCAAGUUAUAGUCAACUUGAGUGACCACCACCACCAUGAGUGACGAUCGCAUUGAUCCGUAUAGUCAACAACAACAGCAAUCACAACGCUAUAAACGACAAAGAACAGCAUCUGCAACCGAAACAUCAUCAUCAUCAUCAUCAAAUUCCAAUCAAGAAUUACGGGCUGGUUCUGCCGCUGUAUUGACUACUCCUUCCGCAUCAACAUCAUCUGGAUCUCGAACAACACGAACAACCAUGGCAACCAAUAAUCACCAUCAUCAUCACUCUACAACAUCGACAUCAUCAUCAUCCACUAAUGAUAAUGCAGCUACGGCGAGCAAUAAACAAAAUGGGGAUAGCACCAAGGACGGAAAUAGUAAUAAGACAAAGCCGUUAACCAAGGCGCUAAGUACAAGUGCCAAAAGGAUACAGAAGGAGCUUGCCGAAAUAACUCUUGAUCCACCGCCUAAUUGCAGUGCCGGUCCAAAAGGCGAUAAUCUCUAUGAAUGGGUAUCCACCAUUCUUGGACCUCCUGGUUCCGUAUAUGAAGGUGGCGUAUUUUUUCUCGACAUUCAUUUCUCAUCUGAAUAUCCAUUUAAGCCACCAAAAGUGACAUUUCGUACUCGUAUAUAUCAUUGCAAUAUUAAUAGCCAAGGUGUCAUAUGUUUGGACAUAUUGAAGGAUAAUUGGAGUCCAGCAUUGACAAUAUCAAAAGUAUUGCUAUCCAUUUGUUCAUUGCUUACCGAUUGUAAUCCAGCCGAUCCUCUGGUCGGUAACAUCGCCACCCAAUACAUUAACCACCGGGAAGAGCAUGAUCGAAUCGCACGUCUAUGGACAAAACGUUAUGCUACCUAAACAAAGGAAACAUGCACAAUACGAUCUGCCAGUAUACACACACA